AGGAAGGGAGAAAGAGCGAGAGCAAGUGAGAGAGAGAGAGAGAGAGAGACGGACGGGAGAGCCGCGAGCAACGAACGCGGCCUAUACGCGACGCGCGCGUCCUACGAUCCGCAAAAAUAUAUGUAUGAGCGACGGUGACGAGAGAGAGAAAGAGAGAGCGAGAGAGAGAGAAAGAUAUAUAGAGACGCGACGGCGAGGCAGCGUGGUGGCACAGAGCGCGGCAACCCACAGGCGAAAAAUAAUGUCAAGCACGGUGGAUUCACAUUCCAGAUAUUUGAAGGAGUUCCGCGUCGACCAAUGUCCCCUCUUCAUACAGCGCAAAUGUACGCAGCACAGGCCGUUCACAUGUUUCAACUGGCACUUCAUGAACCAGCGGAGGCGUAGACCGGUGAGAAAGAGGGACCGCACCUUCAACUACAGCGCCGACAAUUAUUGUACCAAGUACGACGAGACGACUGGUAUCUGCCCGGACGGAGACGAGUGUCCGUUUCUGCAUCGCACCGCGGGCGACACGGAGAGGCGUUACCACUUACGCUACUACAAGACGUGUAUGUGCGUCCACGACACCGACACGCGUGGAUUUUGCGUGAAGAAUGGCCCACAUUGCGCGUUCGCCCACGGCAAUCACGAUCUGCGCCCGCCCGUGUACGACAUCAAGGAGAUCCAGGCGCUGGAGAACCCGGACUCGGAUCCUAAUUCCUCGUCGAACGGGCCUAACAUACUCGACAAGGAGCGUAACCUGAUGAACGAGGAUCCGAAGUGGCAGGACACGAACUACGUGCUAAGCAGCUACAAGACCGAACCGUGCAAGAGACCGCCACGUCUAUGCCGGCAAGGCUAUGCCUGUCCGCAGUAUCACAACAGCAAGGACAAGCGGCGCAGUCCGCGAAAGUAUAAAUAUCGAUCGACACCGUGCCCGAACGUGAAACACGGCGAAGAAUGGGGCGAACCGGGCAAUUGCGAACAGGGAGACGCGUGCACGUAUUGUCAUACUCGCACAGAACAGCAGUUUCAUCCCGAGAUCUACAAGUCCACCAAAUGCAACGACGUGCAGCAAGCCGGUUACUGCCCCCGCGGCGUCUUCUGCGCUUUCGCGCAUGUUGACCGUGAGUGUACACUCAUCAAUCUGUUGCCAACAGAAGAAAUGAGCCUGGCGAGGGAUAUGGCGGUACCUAUAGAUUGUGGAGCAAAUCUGGCCGACAUACUCAGCAACGCUCUUCCACCCGACAAGCGCUCGCAUGACAAGGACAAGCCACUUAGCGAUAGCAGCAAUGGAAGCGGCGAGGUCUCAGAAUCCGCCAGCACCAGCAGCCUGGGUAGCAACAGUUCGCACAGCAAGGCACCCGGCGCUCAGCUGCACAAUUCCAAUAAUACCAAUUCUGGCAUAAACACAGCCGCCCAGCAGAAACUUACGAGCAUACUGUAUAACCCCAAUUCUAUCAUACAAGUUAAUGAAAUUCGGAAGCAAAUGAUCGCCAUUGACAGCGAUCCGUUAUUAACUAAAGCUGAAAAGGCUCAACAGAAACAGAGUCUCUACAUCGCGUACAAUUUGAAUGGAACAUUAGGCAGUCACUCAUUAGGAACUACUGUUUCACCACUUUCAAAUUCGUUCUACUCAAAUGAUACUGUGGAAUCUGUAGUAGGAAAUGCAUUAGACGAAUUGCAUCUGGACGAUCCAUUAAAUUUAGUCGAUUCGAUGCACAGGGAUACAAAUUCACCGAUCGGCAACUCAAUAUCGGCAGGCCUAGCUAGCUCUGGUCUACUCGGUAGCUCGGCCCCUGUCAAUAUACCAGGCAUGGCUGAACGUUCUGUUCUUACUAAUUUUUCGCCAUCAACAUCAAGUCCACUACAACAAUUGCAGACUGGUUUUCUCACUGGAUCGAGAUUCUCUCAUCAAGAUUCCAUAGAAUCCACAUUGCCAUUUAUGAAUCAGAUAUCAGAUCCAUUUAGCAAUCACAUUUCGCAACUUAGCAGUUCGGCUUCUAAACUUAGUGGAUUCAAUAGUAGUUUAUUCGAUUUCACGAACCAAGGAAUGUCACCGUCACGUACGCAACCUCUACCGGCAUCUCCAUUGGUCAAUGCAUUUUCCAUUAGUCCAAGUAACACAGGAUCGUUGUCCGAGGUUAGAAUUGUACAAAGGCUUAGAGAUGAAUUGACCUCGAGUCGUGCUCAAUUGGCAACGUGGGACGAACGUAUUAAUCAAGCGCGCGCGGCUUGCGCGGCGUGGCAAUUGGAAAGCGAAGAAGCAAAGAGAAAGGCGACUAUCGCUGAACAGCAGAGGGAUGAGAGUAUGGAUUCUUUGCAGGCUCUGAUGCAAGUAAAAGCACUCAGGGUCGAAAACGAGGCGUCCAAUGGCGGCCCGUAUCUUCACUCAGUGAGGCGGAUAAGCGAACUCAGAUCACUAUCGAUAGCCACUUUGAAAUCAAUUCAAUCACAAUUGCGCUCGGAUCUCGAAGAGGUGGAAAAGGUGCUGUACAGAGAAACGGCAACAAAGUGCAUGGUUUGCGAGGAACAGAAUCGUACGGUUACCCUAUCGCCCUGCAAUCAUUAUGUGGUCUGCUCGACGUGCGCUCCGAAUCAGCGCGAGUGCCCGUACUGCCAGACUCCAGUUGUUUCAACAAGUUAGACCCGAAUCUUUCCUAGAAUCUUGUUAUUAUAAUUUCCGCUUCUCGUACCGUUAAAAAAAAGACGAGGGGGCAUGGCAG